UGUUCAUGUACUCACAACGAUUCAUGCAAUACUUUUAUGCCCAAAAAAAAUCUAGACAACUGGGGUUUAUCUUAAUUGCGGCAGCAGAACUCCAGGGUUUGCAUUGAGUUGUGUUCAUACUGAUUCGAUUCGAUUGAGGAAAUUUGGCGACGGACAAGAUGCGAUUGGAUAGUGAGCUUUGAGCCAUUGACCAUAUGUUUAUGUUGUGAGUCGAAGUAUAACCUCUGAUCAACAAGACCAAGGAGGAGGAAUGCGAGAGAGCUUAGUUACAGACUAAAAUGGAGACUCUGGUGAUGGUGAGUCCAAGUCCCAUUCAGCAUCUCCGCUUCGAGUGCAGCAGAAUUGCGAAACCUUGCGAGCCCCUCUUCCUUAAACAUUUCCCCAAAUUCCUUUAUCUCAAGACUCAAAUCCGUCCGACGCCUGUUCAUUUCUCGCCAACUGAUACGUUUUCAGAUAGUGCUUCUCUACAGCACAAAACCCUUCUCGUUGAGAUUUACCAUGAGCAUCGCACCCUCAAAUCCUUACUGCAAAAGCUUCAGAAGAAACAUUCAAGCCCUCUCUGGAUACUCGAACAAGACGGAGAUUGGUCCAAAGCCCAGUUUUGGGCCGUCGUCAGGUUUCUUAAACUUGCCUCCAGAUCCAAAGAAAUCCUUCAGGUAUUUGAUAUGUGGAAGAAAAUUGAGGGUUCACGGAUUAAUGAAUUCAACUAUAACAAGAUAAUAUGUGUGUUGACUGAAGAAGGACUGCUGAAAGAGGCAGUGGCUGCACUGCAGGAGAUGAAAAAUCAUGGACUCAAGCCUUCUUCAGGUGCGUAUAAUCCAAUCAUUCAUGGCUUCUCCAUGGCAGGCAAAUUCAAUGAUGCUUUGUUUUUUCUUAGUGAGAUGAAAGAAUUCAGUGUAGUGCCGGACACUGAAACCUAUGAUAGUUUAAUUCAAGGCUAUGGGAAGUUUAAGAUGUAUGAUGAGAUGGGCAAGUGUGUGAAAAAGAUGGAGUUGGAUGGAUGUUCUCUUGUUCACACAACUUAUAACAUACUUGUAAGAGAAUAUUCAAAAGGUGGACUGCUUCAGAGAAUGGAAUCAGUAUAUCAAAGAAUGCUUUCCAAAAAAAUGCGUCUGCAUUCUUCUACUUUGGUUGCAAUGCUUGAGGCUUAUGCCAGAUUUGGGAUAGUUGUAAAGAUGGAAAAAGUUUAUAGAAAACUUUUGAACUCAGGAACCCCUUUAAAGGAUGACUUAAUAAGAAAACUUGCAGAAGUUUAUAUUGAGGACUAUAUGUAUUCCAGAUUAGAAGAUUUGGGGCUUGAUUUACGUUCGACUUUGGGUGGGACUGAACUUGUUUGGUGUCUGCGCCUCCUUUCAUAUGCUUGUCUUUUGAGUCGAAAAGGCAUGGAUAUCAUUGUUGGAGAAAUGCAAGAAGCCAAAGUUCAAUUGAAUGUUACACUUGCAAAUAUCAUUAUGCUGGCUUAUGUGAAGAUGAAUGAUUUCAAGCACUUGAGAAUUUUUCUCUCUCAAUCGGCAACCCAUGGGGUGAAGCCUGACAUAGUCACUAUUGGAAUUAUCUUUGAUGCAACUAGAAUGGGUUUUGAUGGCAGUGCAACUUUAGAAAGAUGGAGAAGGAUGGGCUAUCUUCAUAGAGUUGUAGAAAUGGAAACAGAUUCUUUGGUCCUUAAUGCGUUUGGGAAAGGUAAUUUUCUUAAAACCUGCGAAGAAGUGUACUCUUCUCUGCACCCUGAGGAUAGAGAAAGAAAAAGAUGGACUUAUGGUGGCCUCAUUGAUUUAGUAUCUGAACAUGUUGAAGGUAGUAUCCACUAUAGGAGAAACAAAUAAAGACCCAUUUUUGGUUUUUAUUAAAGGCAAUGAAACAAAGUGUGAAUAUUUGGAAUGGCUUACCUCCCACUAUUCAGCGGUGACGAAUAAAAGUUUAAAUAAAUUAUGGAAUGAGUAUAUCCAAAGUUUUAGUUGUUGAGAGAACACAAUGGCAUCCGUUAUGGGAUCUAUGACCUCACUUAAUAUGAUAAGAUUUGUUAUUAUUGUUGAAUAAAAAUUUAAACGAUGUGAUGUUAGAGUGAAGAAAAUCUAGCGUUUAAGGAAACUAGGGAAUUUCUUUCAGUGAGCUGAGAAUUCUUGGCUUAUGAACUCAGAAGCAAUGAAAGGAAAUAUCAAGCGUUACUUUUGCACACAUGUACAAAGCUUAUGAACAAAGAUAAUUCAAUUUGCUCUCUA